CCCAGCGCGGUAUCUUAGAGACGGCCGUUGGCGGCUGGUUGCCGCGGUUUCUUGUCCCGCGAAGCCGGAAGCUGGAAGGCGGGCUCGUGUCGGGGCGGAGGGCAGGCUUGGCGUUGCCAGGGGCCGGGCCGUGGCGGGCGAGGAGCGCGUCCCGCUCGGCUGUGGGCGGCGGCGGAGGAGCCACCUGGCUGGAGGAGGCGCGCGGAGGCGGCGCGCAUCUUGCGCUCCCUGAGAAGCGGGGACGGCGCCAGCCUUGAAGGGGAAGAGGCCGAGAGACGCUCACAAAAGCAGGAGGGUUGCCAACUGACCGGGAAGAGGAGCCGAGCGAGCUGCCUCGGCCUGUACGCCUUUGAGCGGCGUCUUGUUCUGCAGAAAGCAGCAGCCCAGUUGGCUUAUAAGAUGGAGGAUUAUGAGGAGUUCUGCAAGAAGCAGCUCGCAAAGAUCCAAGGUGACCCACUGCAGAGAGAAGCCUCUCCAUCCGUUCAGCACAAAUAUAUUUCACUUAUUCAGUUCAGUGGCAUUCCUGUGCUUUCUCCAUUGCUUACUCUUGAGAAAAAAAAGGAGCUACAACAAGACAGACAGAAAGCGCUGGAUUUAGAACUCUGGCGCCAGAAUUCCAGGAAAAGAGCCUUGCUGAAUCGUGUUCAGGAGAUUCUGGAAAAUGUGCAGAUGAAGCAAUCGUCCAUUAAAAGUGAUUUGGAUCAGCCUGACACAGAGAACCUUCCUUUGGAUUUAGAAUCCAAAGUGUUGAAUGGCUUUGUAAUGCAGCCAGACAGCAUUUUGCCAAGUCCUGUUGUUCUUAGUGAGCCUGCAGAACCUGAAACGGCACCAGAGGUUGAGCCAGCAGACUUACACGUUGCAGCAAAUGGGAACUCUCCUGGAGUAACUGAGGAGUUUAUCCCUCAUAAACCAAAGGACAUUUGCUCUAGCCCCUCUGAAAACCCAUCUUCCCCCAAAGGUUUAUUUUCCAAUCCAAUAAACCUCUCGUCUUCAAGCGAUACUGUAAAGAAAGGAGGCAUUGAGACGGUGUCCCCUGAUGCAGAAGGCCCAGAUCCUUACGUCAUGAGUCUGCAGAACCUCCUGAAAAAAUCCAAAGAGUACAUACAGAGAGAACAGACCAGGCGUAGCAUGCGAAAUAGUUCAAAAAGAAGUGGUGGUGAAAGCCAUUCAGACAAAGAAAAUGAUGCUGUGAAAAUGAGUGACUCAGUGAAAGAGAGGGGCAAGUUGAUGGGCAGAAGUUGUAUGGUCACAUCAAAUAUGACUAAAUCCAAUACUUCUUUGCAAAGUACCUCAGUCCCCAAAAGUAGUAUGGGUGUGGUAGCAUCGCCCAGUUUUUCUAAAGUGGAUAUACCAAUGAGAUCUGGCACGCCUCCUGUUUUGGAUUCGGAUUCAGAUGAAGACAUCAAAACCACCUUUUUCUUUGAACGUGACAGUAGCAUUCUCAGAAGCUUCACAGGUUCUUACUCAAAACUACCCAGUCCAGAGCCAAGUGUGAGCCCCAAAAUGCACAGAAGACGCCCAAGGCCUUCUUCAAUGGGGCACAUUGUCAUUAGCAACCCAAUAAACGCGUAUGAAUUAAGCCCUAAAGAAAAGGGAAGAGCUGUGGACUUGGUCACUCAAGACGCUGGUGACCGGCAAAUUGCUUCCGAUCCUAUGCCAAAACUGACUCCAGAUUUUACUCUUGCUUGCCCCGGCAAAAUGCACACUUUUCACAGGAGCUCUUCGGACAUCUGCGAUGAAUUGGUGGUUGGCAAACAAAAUCAAGUGUGCCAGGUUUCUGUUGCUCAACGAGAGAACAAAAGGUUCUCGGUCGGUGCCACAGUAGAAGGAGAGUCUGUAUUAGAUAGAACAAGGGCAUCGGGUACUUGCCUGUCACAUCCAAGUCCACAGGAAGUUCAUGUGGUCAGUUGUCCCAUUACAGCGCAAAAUACAACAAAUGUCAACGUUGACAAGCAAAUCGGCCUGUUGGAGAAAGCCAAAUGUGGUGUGCCCACGGAACUCAAUAAAUCUUACGAUGUCGAAAAGCCAUCUCCCUUACUAAUGCAAACACAGCAUAGGCAUCAGAUGGAUACCCCAAAUCUCUCUCCUGGAAAUGAGCAGACUUCAGAGAGCGGGAUUGAAAAGGUGAAACGUAGGCUUGAGCUGGAUGCGGAUAGCAUGCAGAAGGAAAACGUGCCGUUCGUUGCGACAGCAGAGAGCAGCGCACGAGAGCGACGGCUGCAUGAUCAAAGGUGUCCCGAGGGAUCUGUGUCUGGUGCCAAGAGUGAAACAUCAGAAAGGAGUGCCAUUGGAGAGGAAGCUCUAAAGCAGAAAAUGCUGGCCUUUGAAGAACUGAGGAAGAGACUUGAAGAACAGCAUGCUCAGCAACUCUCCUUAUUGAUAGCUGAGCAAGAAAGAGAACAAGAAAGGCUGCAGAAGGAGAUAGAAGAACAGGAAUGGAGACUUAAAGGGGAGAAUAAUGCAAUUGCUGAAACGGACAUUCCCCAAAUUGCUAUUGGCAGUGGGAAGGAUUUGGAAUGGAGAAGGAUCAGUGACACUCGCUUGUUGGAAUCUGUGCUGACUCGAGUGGAAACCAUCCACAGCACAAGCUCAGAGAGUGCUGGUUUUGCCAAUACCACUAUGCCUGGUUCGACCGCUGAAUCUCCAUUCUACCUUUGGGAACCACCAGCAAGUGGAAAAUCAGUUUUAACAACCAGGUCCAUUAACAGGAGUAAAAUGAGAUGGUCUCAGGUAUACAGCCCUGAGAUGAAAAGAAAAUUGAACAAGAUCUCUGCUCUGGCAAAAGGAUUUCUAACUCGCAGGCUCUUGCAAACAGAGAAGCUGAAGCAGCUUAGGCAAACUGUGAAAGACACAAUGGAAUUCAUUAGAAACUUCCAGUCAGAAGCUCCGUUAAAGAGAGGAAGUGUUUCAGCUCAAGAUGCUAACCUGCAGGAGAGAGUUGCAGCUCAGUUGCGAGCUGCUUUGUAUGACAUUCAUGAUAUCUUCUUCAAAAUGGAAGUGUCUGAGAGAAUGAGUAUCCUGAGUCAUGAUCGAGAGGUUCGCAAAGAAAAAAUGCUCCGGCAACUGGAUAAAGCAAAGGGCCCAAGAGAGAGAGCAACACUUUCUACAGCUACACAGAAGUCUCUGGACAGGAAGAAAUAUAUGAAGUAUGUGGGGAAACGGCCUUCUGAAAUGGGAAUGCCAAAUAAAAAAACAAUUUUGAAACAAAAGACGCCAGAAAACAGAGUUCUUCAGCCAAACCAGGGUCAAAAUGCUCCUGUUCAAAGACUCCUUUACAGACAAGGAACCCCUAAGACCUCAGUGAAGGGGGCUGAGCAAAAUAGAAAGAAGCCCUCAGAGAGCAGAGUGUCUAACAAGGCCCUUUCAGGAGUAUAUGCCGGAAAAACCCAAAGAAAGAAGCCAAAUGUUGUGACAACUUAAGAAGGCAGCAUUCUCUUGGCUAAGUGGCUGAUCUGUCUGUAAUUGUUCUCCACUGGUUCCGGUCUUCCUGCUGUCACACAUGAUGCUUUGAAUCAACAAGGACACAAUUUGGAAUACAAGAUUUCUCAGAGAUAGUCGCCAGAAUGAAAAGGGAACUGGACAGCCCAACAAACUUGAAGAAGCAUUUAUCCUGCAUGUUUCAACCCUCUCAUGUAUCCAUUAACUUCUACUCGAAACUGUGAUCUACAUUGUGCAUCCUCAGGAAAAUAUGUAUGUGGUGAUUCUUAGGAGAACAUUUUUGCAAACUUGAACCUGUGCUGCACUCUUUAUAGGGCAGCAAAUGAACUCAAAAUGGCAGUUUGUACAUUCUGCAUUAACAGUUGUCUAUAUCAUUCUGUAUAUUUAAUUAAACAUUCAGCUUCAGCUGUGUUGAUUGUCUUUGGCAGCUGCCAUGCUUUUAACCAUGCAUAGCCUUGCCUCAAGUCUAAGCCACUUUGGCCCCACUGAAAGUCAGCGAGGCAAAUUUUGGCCUUUCAUUGCAGCAAGAAGUGUCAAGCAUUUCUGGUGGUUGGCGCUGUUAGCUUCGCAGCAUAAAUACAGGUGGCCGCUUUCACCUGCCAUGGUAAAUUUGAUUUUUGUAGUAGGCAAAUUUGAAUGUGCAGUCAGCACCCCCAUCUCACCAAAUCAAAGCUUUGAAUUGCCAGUUUCCCUCCCUAAAUACGAAGAGGACAAAAGUGUAUAUAAAAUAUAGUAACAACAAUUAUUUAGGAGGCUUCUUUUGCUACUACACAUUUGUCUUUUGUAUAUAUAUAUAUUUCUCUAAAUGAAAGGUUUUGGAUUUUUUUAAUGAAGAAAAGGAUACUCUUUCCUCCCAUUUGGGGGACAGGAUUGUAGCAAAUUCCUUUUGGUUUCUGAGGGCUAAUCCUCCAAGAAAUUCUACUCUUGCUGUUACUGAGGAAUAAGAAAUAUUUGUAAGAAUAAUGCGUGAAUUUUGCAACUUGGCUUUGGCCUUAAAUCCAGCUGGAUUCCCAGAAAGUGAAAUUCUUACACUACCAAAGCCAUGUCUGAAAAAGGGACAUAUUUAUGUAAGUUAUUUGUACUUGCUGUUUUAGACACGAGAUGAAUUACUUAGAUCUUGGUGUGGCUAUGAAAUGUCGAAUCAAAUGCAGUCAUGUUGAGAAAUGUAUAGAUCUAAUCUGCCAACUGGCAUUAGAUAAUUGUGCUGUAGCUUAUCCAGUGCACAGAGAACUAUUAAACUUAAUUAUAUGAUAUUGAAUUGGUAUUAAUAUUAUGUUAAAUAUUCAGCGCUUCAGAUCUGGCACUACAGUUCUGGCUCAAAAUAUUAUUCAACAUAAAUUGAAAAAGGAUUAAAUUAACAAUGGGGGGUGACUUUGCAUACACACAUCUAUUUAUUCAUAUGGGGAUGGGUGUAAACCUAUUCAUUAGCUGUAUCUUCUAAUGCUCUUCUAUAUCAUGCAGUAUUUUAAACUGAUCUUGUUGGAGAGGCAACAAUUUUGAUUCAAAAGGAUGUGGUGGUGGUGUAGCCAACUGUUCAGCAGUCCUCCAAGCAUAGCCUUGUCUCUUGCAGGCUAGCUGUUAAAAGGUUCCUUUUGGUUAAUUUACGCAGCGCAAUGCAAACACUUAGUUUAUUAGAUUCCUAAGUAGUUCUUAGAGCUUACUUUUGGCUCAUAAAGCUUUUGCAUGACUUGAAUGUUUUUUAAGGGGGGGGGAGAAUAGCAUAAGACUUGACAAGCUAAAUGAAUUUUAAGAAUUGCAGAUGUUGCCUUGUAGAUUAGAAAUACACUACCGUUUAAUAGAUAUGCCAGUGCUAAAUAUUUUUUUUUGCUAGAGCUUGUUCGUUGUGUGCUGUGGUGUUAAUUCAGAAGUAAAAAUUCUGUAAAUAGAAGCAAGUUUUAACAUAAAAAGUACAGACGAAUUGUUACUUUAUUCAGAUAUCCUAAGUACACUUUUUAUUUUUUUUAUUUUUUAUUUUAAAGUCAACUAAAAUGUAAAUGUUUCAACUGUCAUUCGGCCUUCUAUUUACAAGUGCCAGGAUCGCUUUUGUAAUUUGAUAUAUUUUAUAUUUAUUUAUUAUAUUAAUUUUCAGUUCACUUUUUUAUUUUGAGUGGAAUGCAAUAUUAUAAAAUGUAUUUUUGUACUUUUCCUUUUCACCCGUUUUGCUUUUUUUCCCCUUAAGCAUAUUGCACAAUAAAACUUUUUUUUAUCUUUAAA